AUGGCUUCAAACCGCGAGCGGGCGCGUUCUUCAUCGCCAGGUCCCGAUGAUGAUCCCGAUCUUGCCUUGGCCAUUGCGCUUUCCUUGCAGGAAGAAGAAAACCUGAAGAUCGGGGGUACGACAACGACCUCUUCUACCGAGAGACCUUCAGAACAUAUCCCAAAGCCAGCCCCCGCUACCAACUUUGGAUCCUUGGUGCUCGAUAGAAAGAGGAUGGAGGAAGAGCGGCUUGCAAGACUCAAGAAACGUUCAGCAACUCAAGCUCAGCUUGAUGAUCAGCAUCAAAGACCAAAGAUACAGCGAGCUGAAGCACCCAAAGGGCACCGGCCCUCCAGCGCCACCUUCGGUUCAUUAGAAGCAGCAACUGCAGCAAGACACGUGCCUCAACUACCAUUCCCAAAAGGCGCGUUCAAGCGGACUUGGGCUCUUGGAUAUCCUAGGAUCGGCGAGGACAUCAAGAUCGAGGAGAUUCUUCAGAAGGACAAGCUACAGCUGGCUGUACUCUUAUCUUUCCAGUGGGACGAGGAGUGGCUCCUUUCCAAGGUCAACGUCAGACAGACUAGGCUGCUGCUCGUUGCUUAUGCAAACAACGAGGCUGAGAAAGCUGCCAUCCGCGCAAACGCCCCAACUGGCCUUGUCCGAUUUUGCUUUCCGCCAAUGUACGGCGGAUACAUGCAUUCGAAGCUGCAGAUUCUGAAGUAUGAAGGUUAUCUCCGCAUUGUGAUUCCUUCCGGUAAUCUGGUUCCAUAUGAUUGGGGCGAGACUGGAGUACUAGAAAACAUGGUUUUCCUGAUCGACUUGCCCAAGCUCGAAAGCACUCAGCAGGCUGCGCCUCCGGCCGAGACGCUGUUUGGAACCGAGCUCCGGCGAUUCCUACGAGCUCUUGGACUGGACGAAAAGCUGGUCAAGAGUCUCGACAACUACGACUUUACCGAGACAAGCCGCUACGGCUUCGUUCAUUCUAUUGCAGGCAGCCAUGCCAAUGACUCUUGGCAGCACACAGGCCAGUCAACCCGCGGCUACUGUGGGCUAGGAAGUACCGUCCGAAGCUUGGGUCUAGCAACUGAGGAUGCCGUGGAUAUUGACUACGUGGCAUCUUCACUGGGUUCGUUGAACCAUGCCUAUUUAAAAGCGAUUUACUAUGCAUGCCAAGGGGAUUCGGGUAUCAAGGAAUACGAUGCCAGGCAAUUUAAACCGGCCAGAAACAAGGCCGCAAAAGCAGGCCUGGGCGGUUCUAGACUGGUCUGCAAUGAGCCGCUCCAAUUGCAGCGCCAUGUCCGUAUUUACUUCCCGACCGAGCGUACCGUUUCCAGUAGCCGGGGCGGUAGAUCUUCUGCCGGCACCAUCUCCUUCCAAGAGAAGUGGUGGAAAUCGUCCACUUUCCCACGAGAAUUACUCCGAGAUUGCCAGAGUGUUAGAAGCGGUUUGCUUCUACACACCAAAGCCAUCUUUGUCCGGGCGCGCGACGGCGCAGCCUGGGCAUAUAUGGGUAGUGCAAAUCUAUCUGAGAGCGCAUGGGGUCGGUUAGUGAAGGAACGGGAGUCAGGAGCGCCCAAGCUCACAUGUCGUAACUGGGAGUGCGGCGUCUUAGUCGCUGUGGAUGGUAACCUGCCGGGCUCCGCGGACACCGGGACACGGCCGGGAGCCGACCAAGAUGCACAGGGGCAGGCGCCGAUGUCGAAAGGUGAAGGGGGUCCGGCUGUGACAGUGACAGACAGCCAGGAGAAACGGCGACAACAACAACUCGACCAGGACGAAUCACGGUGCCUUGAGGGUGUGUUUGGAACAACGAUGCCCAUCCCGAUGAAGGUACCGGCAGAGCGCUACACGUCAGAUGAAUCGGCAGCCAGCCGGCCAUGGUUCUUCAUGAAGGCCGACUGA